GUUUUACUUAUUAGAUUCAUUUGUUGUUAUAGAAAUGGCUAUUUUAUAAUAUUAUGGAAAAAUAAACAGUUGAGCUUCAAUGUUAAUGCAGCUGCAGCUUCCUCUUCCUCAGUCUUCUUAGGCUCAUUCCCGUCCCCUGCAACACUUGACUAGCAGCUGCGUACCACCUGCACGUGGCAAAGUACCACAGGUGGUUAGCGUACACUGGUUGAAAAGCCCUGGCUUAAAGCAGGGGCUUUCUCCACAGCCCACCAAAACGUUAUCAACUUGUCCUUGGAUUUCCACAGCAGUGUUAUUAUUAUGGCUAGCUGAGCUUACAUUCCAACCCCCCCCUCUCUGCUGCCCCUAAUUUGUAAAAGAAGAAAAAGCAUGUUAAAGGAAUAGAGAAAAUGGCUGCAUUUUCAUCAGUUGUCAGAGCGGAAACAUCCUGCGUUAGCAGCAUUGACAGAGGUUAAACUAGAAUUUUGAUGUUUUCAUAGUAAUAUACAUUAUUUUUUGCUGCUUUCACACUUCCUAUACCCAUUUGUUAAACAAUAAUGAAACUAACCCAUUAAUAUGAAUUUUACACAUAAAGAGGAUGCCAAGAAGAGCACUCUGCACAACAGAGAAUGAGAAGCAGCAUUCAAAUGCAAGACAAACCAUCACCCAAAACCUUUUCUACUUCCUGCAUGCAGUUUGAAAACUUUUCUUCUUUCUCAUCAGAGAAAAGGGAGCAAAUACUCAGAGUAGUUCCCUUAUGGUUCAUGGAAGGACCCAUAUAGGAGAGAAGCUCUAUCCAUUGACCCAAUGUGACGAAAGAUUUAGCAUGAACACUAAUAUGGUAAGACACAAGAGGACUCACGCAGAAGAGAAAACAUAUGAGUGCUCAGAUUGUGGGAAAGGUUUCGUAGCGUGGCCGCUGUCCAAUCGCCGCGCUUCCUCUUAGGAGGGCAGCAUCAGCUGCCAAUGCAGCAGAGGGGAAGGCGAAAGGCAAUCCCGCCCACCACAUCAACCUGGCAGGGGUAGAGUGGGAACCCGAAUGGUACCAAAAACAGUGCUCUGAGCCUCAGUGAUAUAAUUUUAAGUGAAGAAUUAAAAAUAUUGAGGACUACGUUGUUAAGCUAACAAUUAGGCAUAGAGAGUUUAGCAGCUUCUGUGAUGUGAGGGCCAUGUGCAGAGCGAAUUGAUUAUAGUUGUGCUUGGGUACAUCAUACUAGCUAAGAUGUGCCUGAUUAUUCUGAAAUCAUUGCAAACAUCAUGAACAAAUCAAUAAAUUACAACAAAAAAUAAGGGCAGAGGGGGAUAGAGUUUGAACAAUGGGAGAUGUAAUCGGGGCGGGGAAUAAUGUAUUUGCUUUAGGUGCUUUGGAUAGGUUGGGAUGGUCCCUGCGAAACCCCAACGGACAGACGAGGGCUAGAUGGUCCUGGAGAAAAGUUAUGGAUGUGGUCACUAAGAGAGGAAAACGGCUUUUAAUUAAAACAGCUUAGAAAUGCCAGAGACAGAGUAAGCGUAUUUUCAGCCUUACGUCACUAGGUGGAGCUCUAACACAACAGCAGCUUCGGCGGUGGAUGAGUUGCGUCAUCCAACCGGAGGGAGAGGAGCUGAGGUGAAAGGCUUUAAAAGCACACAGUACUGCUAGAAAGGAUGUCGAGGAGAGGGAAAGGGCAGAGGAACUUCCUCUUCCGAUUGAUCCUCUUCCGAUUGAUCCGUGGAGGGAUGGAGGCGUGGGGGGGGGGCAGUUGAAGCAACAGCUGGAAGACAAAGAGGAUCCCAAGAAGAACACUCUGGACCACAGAGAAUGAGAAGCAGCUUUAAAAUGCAAGACAAAGCAUCAGUCAAAACCUUUUCUGCUUUCUCCAGAAAUUUUGAAAACUCUUCUCCUGUCUCACCUGAUGAGAGACAAGGGAGAGAAUAACAAGAACAAAGUUUUGAGGUGGAAAAAAUAGAGCAUGUGCAACUAAAGGGAACAUGACGUAAGAAGUCAAGGGGGAGAAUAUCAAAAUUGUUAAAAAAGUGGACAUAACUGGAAGUCAGUGGGAAGGAAGAGGUUCCUUGGAUAGCUAAAAUGGACAAGCUUUAAUUAAACCCUUUCAGGAAGACUUGACUUGACUCAAACAACCUCCAAGUAAGAGAUCAGAAACAUUUUAGUAGUGAUGGAAAACCCCCACAAACUGCCUAAUGUGGGAAAAAUAGAGGUUGCGGAUCACAGCUGAUUAUGCAGGAGAUGAUCCACCUAGUGAAAAUGAUACAAAUGUUUGGAGUGCAACAAAAACUUUACUCAGAGUAGCUCCCUUAUGGGUCAUGGAAGGACCCAUAUAGGAGAGAAGCUCUGUCAGAUGACCCAAUGUGACGAAAGAUUUAGCAUGAACACUAAUAUGGUAAGACACAAGAGGACUCACACAGAAGAGAAACCAUAUGAGUGCCCAGAUUGUGGGAAAGGUUUCAGUCACAAUUCAAACCUGGUGAUACACCAGAAGACUCACAUAGGAGAAAAACCAUAUGAGUGCCCAGAUUGUGGGAAAGGUUUCAGUCGGAAUUCCCUCCUGGUGAUACACCAGAGGACUCACACAGGAGAGAAGCCAUAUGAGUGUCCGGAAUGUGGGAAAAGUUUCAGUCAGAUAUACAACCUGGUGACACACCAGAGGACUCACACAGGAGAGAAGCCAUAUGAGUGUCCGGAGUGUGGGAAAGAUUUCUCUUCGAAAUUUGUUCUUGUGAACCAUCAAAGGACUCACACAGGAGAAAAACCAUAUAAAUGUCGUCAUUGUGGGAAAAGUUUUAGUCAGAAUUCUUACCUGGUGAAACAUCAGAGGAUUCACACAGGAGAAAAACCCUAUGAGUGUUCGGAUUGUGGGGAAAGUUUCACUCAGAAUUCCAACCUGGUGACACACCGGAGGACUCACACAGGAGAGAAACCCUAUGAGUGUCCGGAGUGUGGGAAAAGUUUCAGUCAGCAUUCCAACUUGGUGACACACCAGAGGACUCACACAGGAGAAAAACACUAUGAGUGUUCGGAUUGUGGGAAAGGUUUUAGUCAGAAUUCCUACCUGGUGCAACACCAGAGGACUCACACAGGAGAGAAACCAUAUAAAUGUCAUUGUGGGAAAAGUUUUAGUCAGAAUUCCCACCUGGUGAGUCACCAGAGGACUCACACGGGAGAGAAACCCUAUGAGUGUCCAGAUUGUGGGAAAGGUUUCUUUUGGAAAUAUGACCUGGUUAGACAUCAGAGCACUCACACAGGAGAGAAACCAUAUAAAUGUCGUCAUUGUGGGGAACGUUUUAGUCAGAAUUCUGUCCUGGUGAAACACCAGAAAACUCACACAGCAGAGAAACCCUAUGAGUGUCCAGAUUGUGGGAAAGAUUUCUCUUGUAAAUCUAAACUGGUUAGACACCAGAGGACCCACACAGGAGAGAAACCAUAUAAAUGUCCUCAUUGUGGAAAAGGUUUCAGUCAGAAUUCCAACCUGGUGACACACCAGAGGACCCACACAGGAGAAAAACCUUAUGAGUGCCCAGAUUGUGGGAGAGAUUUCAGAUUUAUCAUGCACGCUAAUAUGGCAAGACACAAGAGGACUCACACAGGAGACAAACCAUAUGAGUGUCCUGAUUGUGGGAAAGGUUUCAUUUGGAAUUCCCACCUGUUGAAACAUCAGAGGAUUCACACAGGAGAGAAGCCAUAUGAGUGUCCGGAGUGUGGGAAAAGUUUCAGUCAAAUAUACAACCUGGUGACACACCAGAGGACUCACACAGGAGAGAAACCCUAUGAGUGUCCAGAGUGUGGGAAAAGUUUCAAUCAGAAUUCCCACUUGGUGACACACCAGAGGAUUCACACAGGAGAGAAGCCGUAUGAGUGUCCGGAGUGUGGCAAAUGUUUCAGUCAGAGAUACACCCUGAUGAUACACCAGAGAACUCACACAGGAGAGAAACCAUAUAAAUACCAUUGUGGAAAAAGUUUCAGUCAAAAUUCCCCCCUGGUGACACACCAGAGGACUCACACAGGAGAGAAGCUAUAUGAGUGUCUGGAGUGUGGGAAAAGUUUCAGUCGGAAAUACACCCUGGUGACACACCAGAGGACUCACACAGGAGAGAAACCCUAUGAGUGUCCAGAGUGUGGGAAAGAUUUCUCUUCGAAAUCUGUCCUGGUGAACCAUCAAAGGACUCACACAGGAGAGAAACCAUAUAAAUGUCAUUGUGGGAAAAGUUUUAGUAAGAAUUACUACCUGGUGAACCAUCAAUGGACUCACACAGGAGAGAAACCAUAUAAAUGUCAUUGUGGGAAAUGUUUUAGUAAGAAUUACUACCUGGUGAACCAUCAAAGGGUUCACACAGGAGAGAAACCAUAUAAAUGUCAUUGUGGGAAAAGUUUCAGUCAGAAUUCCCACUUGGUAAAACACCAGAAGACUCACACAGGAGAGAAACCCUAUGAGUGUCCAGAAUGUGGGAAACGUUUCAGUCAGAAUUCUUACCUGGUGACACACCAGAGGACUCACACAGGAGAGAAGCCAUAUGAGUGUCCGGAGUGUGGGAAAAGUUUCAGUCAGAUAAGCCACCUGGUGACGCACCAGAGGACUCACACAGGAGAGAAACCCUAUGAGUGUCCAGAAUGUGGGAAAGAUUUCUCUUCGAAAUCUGUCCUGGUGAACCAUCAAAGGACUCACACAGGAGAGAUACCAUAUAAAUGUCAUUGUGGGAAAAGGUUUAGUAAGAAUUACUACCUGGUGAACCAUCAAAGGACUCACACAGGAGAGAAACCAUAUAAAUGUCAUUGUGGGGAAAGUUUCAGUCAGAAUUCCCACCUGUUGACACACCAUAGGACUCACACAGGAGAGAAGCCAUAUGAGUGUCCAGAGUGUGGGAAAAGUUUCACUCAGAGAUACAACCUAGUGACACACCAGAGGACUCACACAGGAGAGAAACCCUAUGAGUGUUCAGAGUGUGGGAAAGAUUUCUCUUCGAAAUCUGUCCUGGUGAACCAUCAAAAGACUCACACAGGAGAGAAACCAUAUAAAUGUCAUUGUGGGAAAAGUUUUAGUAACAAUUACUACCUGGUGAACCAUCAAAGGACUCACACAGAAGAGAAACCAUAUAAAUGUCAUUGUGGGAAAAGUUUUAUUCAGAAUUCCUAUCUGGUGAAACACCAGAGGACUCACACAGGAGAGAAGCCAUAUGAGUGUCCGGAGUGUGAGAAAAGUUUCAGUCAGAAAUACAACCUAGUGACACACCAGAGGACUCACACAGGAGAGAAACCCUAUGAGUGUUCAGAGUGUGGGAAAGAUUUCUCUUCGAAAUCUGUCCUGGUGAACCAUCAAAGGACUCACACAGGAGAGAAACCAUAUAAAUGUCAUUGUGGGAAAAGUUUUAGUAAGAAUUACUACCUGGUGAACCAUCAAAGGACUCAUACAGGAGAGAAACCAUAUAAAUGUCAUUGUGGGAAAAGUUUUAGUCAGAAUUCCUAUCUGGUGAAACACCAGAGGACUCACACAGGAGAGAAACCAUAUAAAUGUUGUCAUUGUAGGAAAAGUUUCAGUCAGAGUUCCCACCUGGUGACACACCAGAGGACUCACACAGGAGAGAAGCCAUAUGAAUGUCCGGAGUGUGGGAGAGAUUUCAGUAGUAGGUAUAAACUUUUAAAUCAUGUAAAGUUACACAUAGCAGAGUAACCAUUCUAACGCCCAGAUUAUGGACAGUGUUUUGCAGUAAAUUCCUCUUAUUACAAAAUAAAUUCCACAUGAGGAAAAAUUUGAUCUUGAAUUUUGUUUCUUGUCUCUUACUAGCUGAGAAAUUAUUAAUUUCUUGCAUGAUUCUUUUUAGUCAAGUGUAUUUUAUUAAAUAUGAGGGAAGAGAUCUGAGCUUCCUUUGUCUAGCCCAGUGAAGUUGUUCGCUUUCACGGAGCCAUGGUGAACUGUUGUGCUGGGCCAGAGAAAGCGAGCUUAGAUCUGUAUUAGGUAUCUUUGCCACCUUGAGUUAUUUCUACAUAUAAUAAACGCGGGAUAUGUAUCUUUGUUUCAGUCACCAACUCAAGGUGACUCCACCCGAUUUACAGCAAUGAAAUCUUAAUACAGAAACCAAUAGACCCCAUACAUUGCAAUGGCAAAAUGCAAAGCCCCCACGGUUAACAUUUACUUGCCCUAUAAAUAGAGGAUACUUCAAGCAAGAUUGAUGGCAUUUUGAUGGUCUGGGAGUCCCAAAAAGGUGAUUCUUGCUUUUGUUCAGUUUAGAAGUUAACCAGCCCUCCUGGCCUUACUAACUACCCAUUGGGAGCCCCAUAUUAAUACAACAUAUCUUAUGUGCAGGCAGAAUUUGAAAACAACGUUUAAUAUGGCACAGUACUUGAGUAAAAUGGUUUGGCUGAGAUCAGCAUAUGUGGGACUGAUUGGGGUAGAUACUGAAAUAUAAUUCUAUCUUAUUUCACCUAUCUAUGUAUCAAAUGGUUGUAUUUUACUCCAGUUUCAUUUUAAUUUGUUUUUAGAGGGUUUUAUUAAUGGUUAUGUAUUUAUAAUUCUGUAUUCUGAUAUGGUCAAUGGGCUAAUUAAUAAACUAAACUAUUAAAACCAAA